AUGACCAUGACUCAAAAAGACGACUAUGUUUUGGGGCGAGGUGUUGGAGAUUCCGUUAGACUGGAUGCACAGCACCUUCUUUGGAAGCUUCACCGAGGGUUUGAGCUGCACCCUGACAUUGCAGUGACGGAGAAUAUGAAGAUUGCUGAGCUUGGGACGGGAACGGGUAUCUGGUUGUUAGAUCUUGCAGAGAAGCUCCCACCAACUGUCCAGCUGCAUGGAUAUGACAUAUCGAACGACCAGUAUCCAUCAAAGAACUUAUGGCCAAAGAACGUUAAACUUGGCGUUCUUGACUCUUUGAUUGAUCCUCCUGAGUCUCUGGAGGGAAUUUACGAUGUGGUCCACCUUCGGAUGUGGGCAAGCAAUUUGCACAACAACGACACGCUGGGAAUCAUUAACCAUUUCAAAAAGCUUCUAAAGCCUGGUGGAUACGUUCAAUGGGAGGAUGCCGACUUGAUGCACCAGCGCAUCCAAGGUGCUGAAGCAGAAGAAUUUGAGGAGAAUAUCAACCACGCUUUCAAAAAGGCUGGUCUUGACUACAACUGGGUUUCAGACUUGCCGAACCGCUUGCAGGAGCAGAACUUCACGAUUCUCGAGUCGAAAACCGAUUCUUUCCGGCCUGGACUAGUGCAACUAUGCACUAAUACUUACUUGAUUGCUCUUCGUGAAAUCAUUCAAGGAAUGAAAAGACGACUGGGCCAUAGUCUGAUGAUUUCGCUUACUGAGCUGGAGGUGAGCCUUUACCAAAUUUCCUUGCACAACACGGGAGACUUCAUCUACAACUGGUCCCCCGUGGUGGUAUUGGCACAGACUGCAACUGAAUAA